AUGGCCUCUUUCUCGGAGGAGUUGCGCCAGGCGGCUGGCGAUCAAUGGAACCGUGUCAUUCAUCACCGCUGGACCAAAGAGCUGGCAAAUGGGACGCUGGACUUGAGAGUCAUGAGGCGCUACCUGAUCCAAGACCACCGGUUCCUUGAUGCCUUCGUUGUGCUUCUCUCCAGUAUGAUCGCGCACGCGCAGACCCUGGAGGAUCGGAUCCCCGGCUGCCAGUUUCUGGCCCUCAUCACCGGCAAGGAGAACACCUACUUCGAGCGGUGCUUCGAAAAGCUCCCGCGGUGUACUGUGACCGACCGCGCCAAGGUCCCGGAUGCGGCAUGUACCAAAGGCUUCGAUCAGCUCAUGCGGGACGCGGCCAUGAGCGGAAACGUGGGGGAGAUGCUGUCGGUGCUGAUCGUCUGCGAGUGGUCGUACUUGUCUUGGGCAAAGAUCGUUGACGGAGAAGCCAAACGGGAGAACUUCGUGCUCUUUGAGUGGAUUGACUUGCACACCUCCCUUGAGGAUGUCGUUGCGUACCUGCGAAAGCUCCUGGACAACGAGGGCGAGCGACUGGACGCGGCGGGCCGGGAGCGGUGCCAAAAGCGGUUUCUUCAAGCCGUCCAGCUGGAAGAGGACUUCUUCGAGAAUGCCUUUGCUCUUGAAGAUGAGGAUGUUUAG